CAUGGGGUGAGGGUGAAUAAACCCCACAAACGCUCUCAGAGCAUUGCUCCCAGCGCCGGCAUCCCUCCCUCCCUCUUCCUCCCCGCGCAGAGAGCAGCACGAAUCAAUCAGAGUUAAACUGGUCCAUAAAUGUCAUUUUAUGGGCUUCAAGGGCACCACCUGAUCCUGGCAGAGCGCUCGAGCACCACUACAAUUAAGUGGGCUGUGAUGAGAAACGUGCCCCUGCCCCGCUGGGCUGCGAGAGCGCUCACCACCGGCACCACCGGCACCGCCACGGCCCCUCGGCGCAGGGAGCUCGGGCGAGCGGCUGCGAUGUCCCAGCUGAGCCCUAAAUCACGCCAUAAAAGCCUGACCAAAGCAAUAGCAGUUCCUGCGAGGCCCCCGAGCUGUUUUUUGGGCACAGCUGGACUCUUGGCACCGUGUCAGGAGGAAGCCACCCCUGGCCUGCCGUCCUCCGGCCACCGCAGCUGCUCCCGGGGCCCUGACGAGGCACCUGCACCUCAUUGCCCCCGGCAUAAAGGGGGUGCCUGGGGGCUCUCUUCUCCCUUUUGCAGUAGUGUGGUGCUGGUGGUGGGUGCUGCAGCAGGAGCGUGCGGUGAGCAGGCAGGUGUGGGUGCCCAGGCAGAUCAGGGCUUCGAGCUGCGACAGCCCCAGAAGGAGAUGUCGGUGAUCGCAGGGGAGACGCUGACCCUGACCUGCACCGUGACUGAAGGGGGUCCCCUCGGCGCCGUGAGGUGGCUGAAGGGCUGGGGCAGCGGCAAUGAGACCAUUUAUGACCAGAAAGAACCCUCCUCAUCCCGCGGGACGAGGGCAGUGGAAGAGUCCAACACAGACUUCACCAUCCUCAUCAGGGACGUUCGCCCCGAGGAUGCCGGCACCUAUUACUGUGUGAAGUUUCGCAAAACGGACACCAGUGAAGAGUUGUAUCGGCGUGGCGAGGGCACGGUGGUGUCGGUGCAGGCCAGACCCUCCAACCCGACUGUGUCUGGGCCCAGCCGCCGAGUGGAGCCGGGGAAGACGGCGUCCUUCACCUGCAAGACCGGGGGGUUCUUCCCCAGUGACAUCCGUGUGAGGUGGCGCAAGGGGAGAGCCACAAUUCAGAAUCAGGCGACCCACGUCACCCCUGGGCCAUCGAAGUUCACCUACAACAUGUCCAGCACCGUGAAUCUGACGCUGCAGAAGGAUGACAUCCGCUCAGAGCUCACCUGCGAGGUGCGGCACGUCACGCUGACGGCACCGCUGAACAGGAGUUACCAUCUGAGCCACAUCCUGCGAGUUCCCCCCAGCGUGGUCGUGGCUCAGUUUCCGGACCCCGUGGGGCUGAACAAGACGGUGAACUUCACCUGCGACGUGCAGGGGUUCUACCCGGGAAGCGUGACCGUGACCUGGCUGGAGAAUGGGACGGAGAUGAACACGGGGAGCCCCCCCUGGCCGACGGAGACCCCCGAGGGCUUGUUCGAGCUGAGGAGCACAGUGGCAGUGCAAGCCGUGCAGGAGAAGAACGGCUCCGUGUUCACCUGCCGGGUGGUGCACGAGGGCCAGGACCCCAUCAGCAGCAGGGCCACGCUGCGUGUCGCUGCCUCAUACCAGAAGGAAUCCAACUCCCCCAACCCAAACGGCAGUUCGCUCUUCAUCUACGUUGCGGUGGGAGUGGUCUGCACUGUGCUGGCACUGCUGGUGGUUGCAAUUCUCUACCUCAUCCGGGCAAAGCAGAGCAAGGGUAAAAGCUCGCCAUCUGCUAGGUUACAUGAGCCAGAGAAGAGCAGCGGAACAACCACCCAGGAGUCUGACCCCAACAACCUGACCUACGCUGACCUGAACUUCACCAAAGAGAAGAAGAACAUCCAGCGGAUCAUCGAGGUGAGCCAGCAGUCGGAGUACGCCUGCAUCCAGAGCAGCCAGGCACCCGCCAGCAACGACAACCUCACCUAUGCAGACCUGGACAUGGUGCACCUCAGCAAGGCGCCCCGGCGGCCCGCCCCGUGCCCCGAGGAGACCACCUCUGAGUACGCCAGUGUCCAGAUCCAGCAGCAGUGAGCGGGGCUGCACCGGCUGGGGCUCGUGGGGUCCAGGUCCUCCCUGGGGGAGCUUUCUUGGCAGCACCGAUUGCUACGGUACCUGCGGUUUGGGAUGGAAGUGCAGCCUUUGGUACUGUGGCUGCUCCUGGGGGCUGACUUCUGUCCGCAGAGACUUGAUUUUUGGGGCAGCGUGGGGACUCCUUGCCUGUGGGACUCCCCCUUGGCCGAGAGGGCCCCUGAGCUGUGGUGCGUUGGGUUUGCUUGCAAAACCCAAGGAUGCAUUUCUGGAGAGUGCUGCAGCUCGUCAGGAAACCCUGGCCGGGCUGGGGGGGGGACCAGGACAGUGCCUCCGAGCCAGAUGCUGUGGGGAUGCUGCUGCCACAGCUUCCCGCAGCUGGGGCCCCCACGCUGCCUUUGGGGGCUCUCCUGCCUGGAAAAACUCUGGCUUUAAAGGAAGGACCUGAGCCUCUCUCUUCCCAAGUGUCUCUUCUGCAGGCUCUCACACCACGGCCACCGAGGCUGGGGAGGUGUGCGAGGUGUGUGAGGCAAGCCAUGGCUGUGCUGGCUUUCCCAUAUUGCGCUGUCCAGGGCACAGCGGACGGGGCAGUGCAGUUCCCCAGCUCCGAGCAUCUUCCUCCUCCUCCUCUUCCUCGGCACAGCCUUGCCGUGCUCCCCCGGGCCUGUACAAAGCGUGCAGCUCCCUCCGCAGCCACGCAGCCCCGGCCGGGCUUCGGGGCCGCAGCAAGGCCCCGCUCCCACGGGGCACAGUUCCCCCAGGCGAUGUUUAACAUGUUUUGACUGUUUGACAUGUAACUCUUAAUUUUUAGAGCUUAAAACCCAAUGUUUCUUGUGUUGUACGUGGGUGUACUGCUGUGUAUGUAGCACUAGAAUAAGAUGUGCAAAAUUAAGAACGAGGCCUACGUUAAAAAAAAACAACACCCUAAACCCUGUAGAGCUUGAGCGUCUCACAUGCCCCCUUCCACCCCCAAGCUUGGCUGGGGGGCCAGGCCAGCUCCCUGCAGCCAGGGACAGGGCGGGACACGUGUCUUUGUAUCCCCCACACCCCAGGACACAUGGGGCCACCCCCCCAUGUUGGCCGCCACAGUACCCCCGUGGCCUCCCAGCACGGGGCCCAUGUGGGGCCUUGGGGAGCCUCGACACUGCUUUGGGAUCUGUGUGACUGCUUGUACUGACCACGACUUGUUUUUCUUUUUGCUUGCGAGAUAUUUUUAUAAUAAAAGUGAAAAGUCCUGCGCC